UCCGACUUGCCGACGUGGAGACGUCAGAAACGUAAAGUCCCGGGGAAGAAGUUUUAUUCGGUCGCCCCUUUCGUUGCGUGAGUCGCUGCUCAAUAGAAAUAUCAGACGGAAGGUUGCGAUACUCAACUCCCCCUGAUGGCACAUCCUGGUAGCCCGCUGAAACAAUGGAUCAAGCUGCAUCGACAACAGUCCUCGCACCCGAACGUGGCUCAAGGGGAAGUGACAGCCGACUUGGACGAAGAGUCCGAGGGAUACACUCCGGUACCUACCGCCGCCGAACCUGUUGCUAUCGACACCCAAGUCCGGACUGACGGGACGACGGCGACGCGCAAGGUAGAGAUCGAGCUCGGAGACCCGGCGGUCGCCACCCACAUCUCGGCCGCAGCGGGAGAAGCCAAGAAGAACGAUCGGGGCGAGACGUUGGACGCCUUGUUUUCCCGGUUCUUGGGCGAGUCGUCUGCGGGUCGAGGGAUGUCGACAUCGACGGCGCCGGUACGGACCGAUGGGCCGGCGACUCCUUCUCAGAUCGCCAGUCAAGAGGCGCAAGAGACCAGCCAGGGAAAUGCCAUGCAGGCGUUGUUGGCCAAGUUGGCUUCGCCAGCCGUCACCAACGCGUCUGUCAUCCCGACUUACGCCUCGCCCGCUCCGCCUUCGUUCCCUACCGCCGCAUAUGCGAUGCCUCCCGUUCAGCCACACGCUCCUCCAGGACAAGUACACGCUAGGAACCUCUUGUCCAUGCUCUCGCCCAAGGCCCCUCCGGCUGCUGUGAAUUCGCCUACCAAUGCACCUCUCGUCAACUAUGCUUCUCAUCCUCCUCCCGCCUUGAUUGCUUCGGCUCGACCCCCGGAUGACAAGGAGAUCCGCCGUAAAGCCCUAUUGGACAACAUGAUGGCCGGCCUCGGCGGACCCACUUCCCAACAACCGAAUCACAUGACCGGCGGAUCUCCAGGCGUUCAUUACAUGUCGUCCUCGCAUCAGCACCCGCAACCUUCGUUCCCGCCCAUUCAGGGUCUACCUCGUCACGUCCCGCCACCUCAGCUCGGUCCCGCUAGUUUCUCGUCGUAUCCCGUCCCGCCGCAUUUGGCCGGACCCCAUCAGAUGCCACCUCCCGGUCCUCCCGCUUGGAGCGGCAACGUAGGAGGUCCUCCUCCACCCAUGCACCUCGGUUUCAACGGCCACAUCACAGGUCCUCCUCCCGCUCCGGGUCCGCAAUACCCUCAAGCGCAACACCCCCAAGGAAUGCCGCAAAUGCCGGCUCAUCCACCUCCGAUGUCGCCCACCAAACAAAGGGAUGCAGGUGAUCUCUUGAACGCUCUCCUAGGUCCCCGACCUCCGGGUUGAGAGCCCUGCUUGCAUAUUUACUUGUGGGAUCAUGGCGUAUGAGGAAUUGCACAACAUCAACUGUUCGACAUGGAAUGCGCAUGACUCCCGAAAGAAACGUAGCUCCCGCUUUUUCCCGCUGUUCAGAUCAACCACCCGUGAUAUUCCCCAAGGUCCGUCUUUUUGGCCUUGCCCUCAGGCGGAGUCUCCCCCGACCUCGAAUUCCACGUAGGCGCACAUCUGUCGACCUCGUCCCACUGAACGACAAACUUGUCUACGACGCGCUUGAGAAUUUUGCCGCUUAGAGAGAGCGAUUUGACCCGUGCCCAAGAUUCGACGUAGACCACUCGAGGUG